AUUGAUUAUCGCCCGAUGGAAGUGCUAAUCCGAGCCAGUCGCCUCUCCCGCAAGGUAGUUAGCAUUGGUUCUCCGUACAACGUGGUAAUGGAAAGGCGGAUGGAGAGGGACGUAGAAAGAGCGAGAAAAGAAAGGAAGGACAAAAUUAAAGAGAAAGAAAAAAAACAUAUACCUCGUUCCGCAGGAGUUAGAACAUCUAGUCUCAUCUAGUCAGUCCAGUUAGAAAUAUUGUAAAACGUUACCAAGCUAUCAAAAUAGCUGGAAAAAAAUUAAAAACAAAAUUCAAAAAAUAUAUAUUACCUCGUAAUAUCUAUCAUGAAAUUUGGACUCGAUUUAAUCAGCGUAUCGACAAUCCUCGCCCUCUCAUUGAUCGUUGCCGGUCAGGAAGAUUCCUACAAUGUGGAUCAUGACGUCUUUAAAAAUGGAAACGAAAGUGAAGUCCUAGAGCGAGAAAAAAGAACUCUGGUAUAUCCAGACCCAACGAAUUUACUGUUAAUCUUCGGUCUUGGUACGCCGCUCCAACUGGACGCCGCGAGCGUGAUAGUCGGUGCUUUCACUAAACUCCUCUACGCGUUACCGGCAAACGCUACUUAUUACACCGAACCAGGUGUAUAUUACGCACGUAAUACCAAAAGUCGUUGGAGCAUUUACAAAGUAUUGGAAACAGCAGCGGAAGUCUAUGGUUUCGGUGGAAAAAGUUGCAUCCUCCGCGCCAUCUGUGAGGCAGCGGCGGUACCAUUCGAUCACGACCACGGAUUGUUUGGUCAACUUUUUCAAGCAUUUUUAACUCCGUCCAGCACGAACGAGGAGCACGACGAGUAUCAGGAUAGGGACUAUCAUGCGGCAGAACGUCUUGGGAAGCACGUAGGCGAGAAUUGCCACGUCCUUUAUCCGGAGUGCGAGAAGAGUAUCCUGGACGUGUUCUCGACGACGUCUGCUUAGAAGGAAUGGAGUGGAUGAAGGAAGGUGAAAUAAGGAAAAGAGUGAAUGAGGAAGGAGAGAGAAAGAAAUGGGUAAUAAAAAAAAAA